UUUCAGAUACCCUUCACCAUCCAAUACAGCGCAUAUACCGCCCAUCAUGUCCUCACCACAGCAAAUCCGCACAAAGCUCACCGAUCUGCUUAAGAUCAAGCACCCCGUGAUGCUUGCUGGCAUGAACGUUGCGGCUGGUCCCAAGCUCGCAGCCGCCGUCACGAACGCUGGAGGAAUCGGUGUCCUCGGAGGCAUCGGCUACACACCAGACAUGCUUCGCGAGCAGAUCGCGGAGCUGAAGGGCUACCUCGACGACCAGAAGGCGCCGUUCGGUAUUGAUCUGCUGCUUCCCCAGGUCGGUGGAAGCGCGCGCAAGACCAACUACGACUACACCAAGGGAAAGCUCGACGAGCUCAUCGACAUCAUCAUCGACUCUGGUGCCAAGCUCUUCGUUUGCGCCGUCGGUGUGCCACCCAAGCAUGUCGUCGAGAAACUCCACAAGGCCGGCAUUCUAUACAUGAACAUGAUCGGACACCCCAAGCACAUCAAGAAGUGCCUCGACCUCGGCGUCGACAUGAUUUGCGCACAAGGUGGUGAGGGCGGUGGCCACACUGGAGAUGUUCCCACAUCUGUCUUCAUUCCCGCCGCCGUCAAGAUGGUCAAGGGACACAAGUCGCCGUUGACCGGCGAGGAGGUCUUGAUUGUCGCUGCUGGUGGCAUGUACAACGGCCAGUCGCUGGCUGCUAUGCUCACAUUCGGCGCCGCUGGUGUCUGGGUCGGUACCCGCUUCAUCCUUUCCGAGGAGGCUGGCGCGCCCAAGGCGCAUCAGGAGGCCGUAAGGACCGCUGGUUGGGACGACAACGUUCGCACAAUCAUCUUCACCGGAAGGCCGCUCCGUGUUCGCACCAACCCAUACAUCCAAAACUGGGAAGAGAACCGGCAAAACGAGAUCAAGGAGCUCACCAGCAAGGGUAUAUUGCCCGUUGAGCACGACCUUGAGAAGAUGGGCGACGACCUCGACGACGACACAAUGGACAACGCCCGGCCAUUCCUGAUGGGCAAGGUCGCUGCAGUCGUUGAGGAGCGCAAGAGCGCGAGAGCGAUCGUCGACGAGUUUGUAACAGACGCUGUCAAGUGGCUGCAGACUGGUAACUCUAUGAUUGUGUCCAAGUCGAAGCUUUGAACGUAGUUUGUGAUUUUUACUAUUGCAUAAAUAUAUGACUUAUUUCAGA